GUUUCAAUAGGUAGUUUUUAUUUUUUAUUUUUUGCUUUCUUGCUGCUGAGUAAAAUUGUUUAAGAUCCUUUUUUAAUUCUUUGUUGCUUUGUUUAUGCUGAAUUUAUUAAGUAUUUGUUAAUCUUGAUUUAGCAAAAAUAAAAUAAAAAUUGUUUGAUUAGUUUUAAUCUUUUUGCUUUGUUUCUGCUGAAUUUAUUAAUUAUUUGCUAAUCUUGAUUUAGCAAAAAAAAAAAAAAAAAAAAAACUGUUUGGUGUCUUUGUUGAAUUUUUAGGUAAAGGGUUAGCUAAAAAAUUAUUUGAUUAGUUUUCAGUAAUGGGUAUCAAAAAGAUCCCUUUUUUAAGUCCUUUUUGCUUUGUUUUGCUGAAUUUAUUAAGUAUUUGCUAAUCUUGAUUUAGCUAAAAAAAAUUGUUUAAUGCCUUUGUUGAAUUUUGAGUUGAAGGGUUUUAAAGAUAUUAUGUAUUUGCUAAUCUUGAAUUAGCAAAAAAAAUUGUUUGAUUAAUUUUCAGUAAUGGGUAUUAAAAAAGAUUUUUUUUAAAAAUUCUUUUUGCUUAGUUUCUACUGAAUUUAUUAGGUAUUUGCUAAUCUUGAAUUAGCAAAAAAAAUUGUUUGAUUAAAUUUCAGUAAUGGGUAUUAAAAAGAUCCUCUUUUUUUUAUUCUUUUGUGCUUUGUUUCUACUGAAUUCAUUAAGUAUUUGCUAAUCUUGAUUUAGGAAAAAAAUUGUUUGAUUAGAUUUCAGUAAUGGGUAUUAAAAAGAUCCUUUUUUUUUUUAAUUGAAUUUUCUUUGUUUUGCUGAAUUUAUUAAGUAUAUGCUAAUCUUGAUUUAGCAAAAAAGACUACUAAAGAUUGUGGUGGACCGGUAAGUACUCCUCUAUCCUUAACGACGGUCGACAUGUCUCGUGUUUGAGCCCUAGGUAUGAAGUCGCCUUUGGUAGGAAGCACUUUACCCCUAUGGUGGGACUUUCCGGACGAAUCCUAUUUAGUCGGGUUCCAAUAUAGAAAUUGAAGUGAUCUGAAAAAAUGGCUUCCAAUGGGAACAGUCAUGUAUCCACAAAACCACCACCAGAGCCUUCACCAUUGCGAAAGGCAAAAUUCUUCCAGGCUAACAUGAGGAUUCUGGUGACUGGUGGUGCUGGAUUUAUAGGCUCUCACCUUGUUGACAAACUAAUGCAAAAUGAGAAGAAUGAGGUGAUUGUUGUCGAUAAUUACUUCACUGGAUCAAAGGAUAAUCUAAAGCAAUGGAUCGGUCAUCCACGAUUUGAGCUAAUUCGCCAUGAUGUUACUGAACCAUUGUUGAUUGAAGUCGACCAAAUUUAUCACCUCGCUUGCCCUGCUUCUCCGAUUUUCUACAAGUAUAAUCCUGUUAAGACGAUUAAGACAAAUGUGAUCGGAACCCUGAACAUGUUGGGACUUGCCAAGCGAACUGGGGCAAGGAUUUUACUCACAUCAACUUCUGAGGUUUAUGGAGAUCCACUCAUGCACCCUCAAGAUGAGACCUAUUGGGGCAAUGUUAACCCGAUUGGAGUUAGAAGUUGUUACGACGAAGGCAAAAGAGUGGCUGAGACUUUGAUGUUUGAUUAUCACAGGCAACACGGAAUAGAAAUUAGAAUUGCGAGGAUCUUCAACACUUAUGGUCCCCGAAUGAACAUUGAUGAUGGUCGCGUUGUCAGCAACUUCAUUGCUCAGGCAAUUCGUGAUGAACCUUUGACUGUCCAGUUACCAGGAACACAAACGCGCAGCUUUUGUUAUGUUUCUGAUAUGGUUGAUGGCCUUAUGCGACUUAUGGACGGAGAUAAUACUGGACCAAUUAACAUUGGAAAUCCAGGUGAAUUCACAAUGCUUGAACUCGCAGAGAAUGUGAAAGAGCUCAUCAAUCCGGAAGUGAAAAUCAUCACAGUGGAAAACACUCCAGAUGAUCCUCGACAGAGAAAACCCGAUAUCACAAAGGCAAAAGAGUUGCUAGGGUGGGAACCAAAGGUCAAGUUGCGCGAUGGUCUUCCUCUCAUGGAGGAAGAUUUCCGCGGCAGGCUGGGGAUUUCAAGAAAGAAGUAACAAAGACAGAAAGCUUCCAUGGUUGAAAGUGGUGGAAAAUGAGAAUUAAAAUAUACCAUAUCUUUUGCAUCUUGGCUUUGUUUUAUAUAUGAGAUAUACCAACUUUUGUUUCUCAAAUUUUGUUGUUGCUUUGUCUUUCUGGUGAAUUGAGAAUAAACUAUACAUACUAUGUCUUUUUGCUUUA